UUUUUUUUUUAUUAUUAUUAUUAUCAUUAUUUCUCUCUCUCUCUCUUUCCCCCCUUUUUUUUUCUCACUCUUUUAUAUAAAAUAAAAAAUGAGUGUUAAUAGACUUGCUGAACUUCAGCGUGAUUCUCGUAAUUUACAAGAUGGUCGUCCUGUUCAAGACCCUAAUGGUGGUUAUGAGAUGCGACCCCUUUUAUCAACAAAGGGCGAUAUCACAUCCGUCCAAGGUUUUCUUGACCAAGUCUCUAAUGUAAAAGAAAGUAUUGCACAUAUCAAUCAAAAUGUGAACCGUAUUCAGAUGUUACAAUCCAGUAUGCUUCAAACAGCUGAUGCUGGAGAAUUAGCUCGAAACCGACAAUCACUUGAUGUCCUGACUAACGAAACUCAAAGCAUCAUGUCACAAGUGAAACAGAAACUAAAAGAGAUUGAGCCUACGCCUCGUCAUACUGAUUUAGCUAUGCGAAAGAAUGCGUUUAGUGCUGUGACUCGCUCCUUUAUGGAGGCUAUCGAGAACCAUCGUCGAGUUGCUGUCGAAUUUCAGAAAGCUGAAAGUCAACAACUCGAACGACAAAUCAAGAUUGCCAAUCCCAACGCUACACCACAGGAAAUUCAAGAGGCUGUCUUGAGAGCUGAGGAAGGAUCAGGUGCCGUUUUCGCUCAACAAUUGAUGCAAUCAGUAGGUUCAGAAUAUAGACGUCAUAAUGCUCAAAACACGUUGGAUGCCGUGCAAGAACGUCAUGAAGACAUUCGUCGUUUGGCCAAGAGUGUUCAAGAGCUAUCAGUGUUAUUUGAGGAAAUGCAACAAAUGUUAGAGGCUCAAUCAAAGAUUCUAGAUACAAUCGAACAGAGCGCAUAUGAGACAACAGGUCAAUUAGAACAAGGCGUUCAGUAUGUUGAAAAGGCAAAGGCUUCUGCAAAGGCUACUCGUCGUAAGAAAUGGAUUUGUUUUGGUAUUUUUGUAAUCAUCAUUAUUAUUUUGGCUAUUGUUUUGGCUAUUGAAAUUCCCAAAUCACGAAAUUAAAAUGAAAUUGUUUAUUUUUCAUUUUAUACCUCUUUUCCCUUCUUAAUAAUUUCCUCUCUAUCUCUAUCACACACACACACUCUCUCUCUCUUUUUUUUUUUUACACGUACAUUAUACUCAUUUAUAAUAAAUUUCAC